AAAACGUAUAGCAAAACAAAAAGCAAAUAAUAAAAAAUUAAUCAACUUGUUAUUGUUGUCGCUACACACCUUUUUAUAAAAUAACAAAGAACAAUGUCCAAAGCCACUUCUUUAACUGGAACAAUCUUAAAUAGAACUUGUCGUAAUAAUAUUUAUCCUAAAAGUGAUGUAAAACGAUUUCCGGUAGCCGAUGAGUACUUAAAAUGGAGCGUUUCAUACCCCGAUUAUAAGCCUCCUAUUUAUACGGCGCCGCAUAUAACAAACCAGGUAUGGGCUGACCCGGACAUAAAUGAUGCUGAAUUUAAACCGAAAUGGGGUCAAAUAGAUGGAAAUGUGAAUCGUGUCUCCUUCAAUGGAGCAUAUGAAAUAGAUAGUAAUGAUUGUCCGGUCAAUCCUAUAGGGCGAACCGGCUUACGUGGACGAGGUCUGUUGGGACGUUGGGGUCCGAAUCAUGCUGCCGACCCUAUAGUUACACGCUGGAAACGUGAUACAGAGGGAAAGAUUGUCAAGAGUGCUCAAAGUGAUAAAAAUAUUCUACAAAUGGUGGCCAUACAAAGACAUGAUAAUAAAAUGUGGGCUAUACCGGGCGGUAUGGUAGAUCCAGGUGAAAAAGUUAGCACUACACUCAAAAGAGAGUUCAUAGAAGAAGCUUUAGAUGGUUCUGACGAAAAGCUAAAAAUAGAGCAAUUCUUUGCCCAAGGUUCGGAGGUAUACAAGGGUUAUGUUGAUGAUUUUCGCAAUACGGACAAUGCCUGGAUGGAGACAGUGGCCUACAACUUUCAUGAUGAUAGUGGAUCGCAAAUAGGUAAAAUACAACUUACCGCUGGUGAUGAUGCUGCCGCAGUCAGAUGGCUGGAUUUGGACAAAAACUUGGAAUUGCAUGCUAAUCAUAUUGAUAUAUUGAAGAAAGUUAUUGAUAUGUUAAAUGCUCACUGGUAGAAGUGUUCGUUUAGACGCGAAUACUUAGAUUGUUUAUUUGUAAAUAAUAAAAACCAUUCAUUCGUAUUUAUAAACACAAUUAUUGACAUAUUUAUUUUAUACUUUUUUUAAUUUUAUACACUAACACUUGUAAUUAUUAUUUAUUUGUCAAUUUUUCUGUUUACGAUCUUUUUCACUUAUUUUUAGUUAAAAGCCGGACGUAAUUUCGUUUACCGUUAGUUUUGGCUCCAGGAGCUUGUUUUUAAACAGGGUUGUAUUUUUUGAACAGUGUUACCUACUUUCAAUUUAAUAAAAAGUGCUAAACUACUUUAA